AUGGUGAGUGGGGGUCUAGAAGUAGGGGAGAAAGGAAUGGGGCGCCAGGAAGAGCCUGAGCUGCUGCAGAAGGGGAAGCCAGAACAGGUGGAGCCAGAGACCCCCAACGGGUCUGCCCCAGGGUCAUACCCAGAGGUGCGCCUGACCUGGCGCCGCUGGGUGAUUGUAUUCCUCUUUAGCUCCUAUUCCUUCUGUAAUGCCUUCCAGUGGAUCCAGUACGGCAGCAUCAAUCUCAUCUUUGCCGACUUUUACGGCGUGACUCCUUUUGCUAUCGACUGGCUCUCGAUGUGCUACAUGGUCGUCUACAUCCCCUUCCUUUUCCCCGUCGCAUGGCUCCUUGACAAGAAGGGUUUACGACUCAUUGCCCUGGCUGGCUCGGCACUUAACUGCCUGGGGGCGUGGGUGAAGGUAGGCAGUAUGAAACCCCACCUCUUCUCAGUCACUGUGGUGGGCCAGGUCAUCUGCUCCUUCGCCCAAGUUUUCAUCCUGGGCAUGCCCUCCCGCAUUGCUUCUGUCUGGUUUGGAUCCCGUGAGGUCUCCAGUGCAUGUUCAAUUGCUGUCUUUGGCAACCAGCUUGGCAUUGCUGUGGGGUUCCUCCUUCCUCCCGUUUUGGUGCCCAAUGUGCAGGAUAAGGAGAAGCUAUCUUACCACAUAAGCAUAAUGUUCUUCAUGACUGCAGCUGUGGCGUCAGCACUCUUUUUCUUGGUUGUCUUUGUGUUUAAGGAAAAGCCACAGCAUCCUCCAAGUCGGGCCCAGGCCUUGAUCCAUGCAGCAUCUCCCGAAGAGUCUGGUUAUCUGCAGUCUAUUUGGCGUCUGUUUCGCAAUGUCAACUUUGUGCUGUUGGUAGCCAGUUAUGGCUUGAACACAGGCUGCUUCUAUGCUCUUUCCACUCUGUUAAACCGCAUGGUGAUGACACACUACCCAGGAGAAGAUUUGAAUGCUGGCAGAAUCGGUCUUACACUUGUAGUAGCUGGCAUGGUUGGAGCUUUGAUUUCGGGCAUCUGGUUGGACAGAACAAAAACAUACAAGCAGACAACGCUGUUGGUUUACGUCAUGUCACUUGUGGGCAUGCUGGUUUAUACUUUUACUCUGGACCUAGGCUACAUCUGGGUGGUCUUUGUAACUGCAGGUUCACUGGGGUUUUUCAUGACGGGUUACUUACCAUUGGGCUUUGAAUUCGCUGCAGAGUUAACAUACCCAGAGUCAGAAGGAACAUCAUCAGGGCUUCUUAAUGUAUCUGCACAAAUCUUUGGACUACUUUUCACCAUCAGCCAGGGACAGAUCAUUCAUCACUUUGGGACACGAGCAGGAAAUCUCUUCCUCUGUGCAUUCCUGGUCCUUGGAACUGUUAUAACUGUGUUCAUCAAAGCUGAUCUCCGGAGACAAAAUGCCAAUCUGGAUAGGGAUCAGACUAGACUCCAGGGCAAUAACAAUCACAUAAUGAAUUAUGGCGCAUGUGCCUUACCCCCAUCAUUUCCCAUGCCUCCUCAGUAA